CGCCAUGUGAAGGGGUUUUGCGCUGCGCAUCCACGCUGCAGCGGCAGUUUGAGAGGAGGAGGCGACAGAAGCAGGUGAGAGAGAGAAGGAAGGAGAGAGGGAGAGAGAGAGAGAGAGAGACAGAGAGAGAGAAGCAGAGUUUUCUUCUUCACACAGACGCGGAGCUGCUCCGGUUUUUCCUCCGGUUCCUCCUCCUGUUCUUCUCGCCGCCGCGUGCGCGCUCUCUAAAAACAACAAAACGCCGCAGAUUUUGGAGAAAAGUGGACUUUGUGUAUUUGUGGAGGAAACUUUACUGGAGCUCGUUCUUUCCUUUAUUUAAUUUUUUGUCUUUUUUGAAACGAAGCGAGUGAUUGUGAGUUUGUGCACGUGCACACUCGAGAGUUGUUGGAGUUUUUGCGCAGAAUGGGAGGUAAACUGACGAGUCGUUUGUGGCGAGGAUCUUCAUCAUCAUCUUCAUCAGCAGCAGCGCGUGGAUGUUUGCGCAGCUGUGAAGUUCCGGAGCGGACUCUGGCACCUGGACUCUAAUCCGGAAAUUAAUCCGCGUCCAAUUAGACGUUAAUCCAUUACCUGGUUACAUUUUUGGAAAUCACUUCCACACACACUCACGCUGUCAGUGGACAUUUGUGUGGCUCGUGGACGCAGACGGACUGGGAGCUCGUGCAGCACUUCCACAAACUCCAGGAUAAAAAACAAAAAAGAAAAGAGAGAAAAAGGAAAAGCUGCUGGACUGGGAUUAUUCUCGUCUGUGGAUUACAGCGCGUGAUUCCUGCUCAUCGUCAGUAUGAACCUGGGUCUCUGGUCCUGUGUGCGCCGGCCGCUCUCUUGGCCUCACGGCAGCAUCCUGGACUCCAGACACUGUGUCUUCGCCCUAACGCUCCUCACACUCCUCAUGCAGGUGGUGGUGGAGGCCAACUCCUGGUGGUCUUUGGCCAUGAACCCUUUACUGAUCCCCGAGGCGUACAUCAUCGGCGCUCAGCCUUUGUGCAGCCAGCUGGUGGGUCUGUCGCAGGGCCAGAAGAAGCUGUGCCAGCUCUACCAGGACCACAUGCAGUACAUCGGUGAAGGCGCCAAGACGGGCAUCAGAGAGUGCCAGUACCAGUUCAGACACCGGCGCUGGAACUGCAGCACGGUCGACAACUCCUCUGUGUUUGGACGCGUCAUGCAGAUAGGAAGUCGGGAAACGGCGUUCACGUACGCCAUCAGUGCCGCGGGGGUGGUGAACGCAGUGAGCCGUGCCUGCAGAGAGGGGGAGCUCUCCAGCUGCGGGUGCAGCCGGGCGGCUCGCCCCAAAGAUCUGCCCCGGGACUGGCUGUGGGGCGGCUGCGGGGACAACCUCAACUACGGAUACAGGUUCUCCAAAGAGUUUGUGGACGCGCGCGAGAGGGAGAAGAGCUACCCGAAGGGCACGUACGAGAGCGCGCGGCAGCAGAUGAAUCUCCACAACAACGAGGCCGGCAGGAGGACGGUGUCAGAUCUCGCCCGCGUGGCGUGCAAGUGCCACGGCGUCUCCGGCUCCUGCAGCCUGAAGACCUGCUGGCUGCAGCUGGCCGACUUCCGUAAGGUGGGCGAAGCGCUCAAGGAGAAGUACGACAGCGCCGCGUCCAUGAAGCUCAACUCGCGCGGCAAGAUGGUGCAGAUGCACAACAAGUUCAACGCUCCCACGAGCCACGACCUGGUCUACACUGAGUCCAGUCCGGACUACUGCCUGCAGAACCAGAGCACGGGCUCGCUGGGCACGGUGGGUCGCCUCUGCAACAAGACGUCAGAGGGCAUGGAUGGGUGCGAGCUGAUGUGCUGCGGCCGCGGCUACGACCAGUACAAGGCACAGAUAGUCGAGCGCUGCCACUGCAAGUUCCACUGGUGCUGCUACGUCAAGUGCAAGCGCUGCACCAAAAUCGUGGACCAGUUUGUCUGCAAGUGAGGAGCCGGGAGCCGGCGUGUGCCCGCGUGUGUGCUCGCAGACGCGUGUGCUCGCAGAUGUGUGUGCCCGCGGGUGUGUGCUCGCAGACGCGUGUGCUCGCAGACGCGUGUGCUCGCAGACGCGUGUGCUCGCAGACGUGUGUGCCCUCGCGUGUGCUCGCAGACGUGUGUGCCCGCGCGUGUGCUCGCAGACGUGUGUGCUCGCAGACGUGUGUGCCCAUGCGUGUGCUCGCAGACGUGUGUGCUUGCAGACGACGGUCGUUCACGGUGUUCAUGAGCGGAGCAGCAAAUGAGUCGCACACAGUGAGAGAAUGGAAGAAAGAAACUAUAUAAAUUAUAUUUAUAGAGUUAAACAAUUAUGCCUUUGUGAAAAGACUGACUCUUUUUUCUUUUUUUUUUCAAAAAAAAAAAAUCUUAUGUCUUCAGAAACUGAGAGUAUCGUGAAAUAUUUAUUUUGAGAUUGUUCUGUUUUAUUUUGGCCCAGUCAUCACCAGCUGAUUUUUAAUCCCUGCAAGUGCCUAAAAAAUGUCUGGAAAUGUUUCCACUUCAUUUCAUCCAAAAAAAACACUUUUCUUGUCAAAUGGCUCACACUGAUUCCAUUUCUAACAAGAGUUCCGUGCAGAGAGGAGAUCACUCGUCAUGUGUGGAUGUGUUUUCAUGGGCUCGCUCCAAAAACCCAUCCUUGUUCCGGUUCUUUGAGUACAGUGGCUACAGUUUUAGGGAUUGGGCCUUUAUUUUUUUAUAUAAUUAAGCUCUCCCAGAAACCUGAAGCCUGAUUUAUACUUCAUUGUGCAACUAUUUACAACCGUUGGACUAAAACCUAUUUUUCUCACGUCUUUGUCCGACUUUAUCAAAUCCAUACACUAUCAAAACAAAGAAAAGUAGCACAAAUAUAAACGAGAUGCGAACUUCGUGGAACUCUGUAGUCGGAACUCGAGUCACGUGUGUUCCAAGAUGGUUGACUCCCUGUGAUGUAGCUACAAGAUAUUUUUUUUUUUGCUUUUAUGGACAUAAAUCAAAUGUACACCUGCUGUUUUGGCAAAUCGAGGACAAAUGCCCACCAUGGGCUGACUUUAGGGGGCGCUCUUGAGCGGUUUACCCAUUCCCGUGGUUUAGAAACAGUCGAUUGUGAAUGUUUCCGUGCAGUUGGACAGAAAGACAAUAGAAACUUUUACAUUUUAAACUUCACAUGUUGUGCCACGACGUAUAAAUCAGGCUUUAGCGCCACCUAGGUGCCGCAUCAAGCCCUCCACCAUUAUGCACUUUGAUACAGAGGCGUAAACCUGUCUGUAUGUGUCUGUUCAGCUGUUCUUAUUCUUCUUGUGUUAUUUUUAUUUUGUUUUUACUACAGUGCAUCAGCAAAAUACUAUAUCCAUAUUAUAGCUUACAUUCUUUUCCAUAUUAAUUCAGAUUAUCCAUUAACAUAACAUUAUUCUACAAUACGUAACAUGGUUUGAAUAUAUAUGGGCAACGUUGUGGUUACAGUGGUGAAAUAGUCAAUGCUCUGUGUAUAUAGUACUGUACUGUGUGUCUAUCCAACGAUCAGUAAACUGUAUUUAUUUUGUUUUUAACCAGAUUCUCCUUUUUAAGCUUCAAACAUGUGAAAUCAUCCGAACUGUAGUGCGUUCCAGUUGUAAAUGUGUUUUCCAGUUUCCACAGAACUUUGUAGUCUGAUGGUUUAGCUAACUAGCAAGCUAACUUAGUGGUUUCCGACUAAUUUGUUUGUUUUUUCCAACUAAUUCAGGACUGUAAAAUGACGUUACACUCGAGUUAAAUACGUUCCAGUUUCGCCCGAACUUCACAAGUAUAGCAAGACAGCAAGAUGGUAUAGCUGCGUUUGCUAACUAGCAAGCUAACUUAGUGGUUUUCGACUAAUUUGUUUCUUUUUUCAACUCAUGCAGAACUGAAAAUGUUCCACUCGUGUUAAAUACGUUCCAGUUUCCACAGAACAGCACAAGUUGGAUAACAAGAUGGUUUAGCUGUAGUUUCACUAGCUGGAAACGAUGUUGUGCCCGAUCUAAGUAUUUUCCAGUUCCCCUUUAGAACUUCACAAGUCUGAUAACAACAUGGUUUAGCUAGGUACUAUAGUGGUUUUUAACUAAUUUCAUGUUGUUUUUCUGGCUAAUUUAGUCAGAAGUUGCCUAACUGUGCUAACAAGGAAGUCAAUUUAGUCCUUUUUAAUAACUGUAUGAAUGAGACUCGAGUGCUAAACCAAACAACAAAAAUUACAUCUUUCACAUGUUAAUGCUCUGAGCAGCCAUCUUGAAUUGUAAAUUGGAGCAUUAACAAGUAAACGACAACCCCAGGGGGCGCUCCAAUGAAACCGCCCUACUCUCAAGUAAAUUUACGACCUCUGAGUUCAACUGGAACGCACUGUAUGUUGCAAAUCUAAAAUUCAAAGUUUAAAAACUUACAUUUUGUGUUCACAAUGGCGGCGUCACUGUUUGUUAAAGGGAAAAGCACCUUAUCGUUUCUUAAACACUUGUUCUUCUCACUCAUGUUCCGCUUCACUCUCUCACACACAUUUAUGUCACCGUUGUUCAGUUUUUAAUCUUUGCCACAGAAAAAGAAACCACUCAGUUCACUGCUCACUGUCCCUGUGAUGAUUCUCAACUCUGCCGAUCCAACGAUGUAUAUUUAUAAGCUUCUCCAUGAAUUUGAGGUUUGUUUAAGCAUAAAUGUGUAAUAGCUGAUAUUUUGUUACUUUUUACAAAUUGGCUCAAUGUUCUACUUUGUUUCAAUAAAUAUUAAAUGUAAAACCA